UUCAUAAUUGCAAGAUCAAAAGCAAAUAGUAAGUAACAAAUUAACUGUGAAAUAGAGCCAUGGUGUAAUACUGAAGCAAAAUAGGCAGCUUUUUUACAUUAACUGAUGAACAGCCACCUGGUCAUUUACAUUCCUAUCUAGCCAAAUUUGCACUGAGAUGUGACCAGUAGCUUCUCUGUCUUAUGAAUUCAUUUUGACUGUUUGACCGGCUUUGCUGCACAUUUUGCUAGCACCAUGAUGAAACUCUAUGGAUUUUGUGCUGUUAUUGUUCUGCUGUCUUUGGCUAAGGGGUGGAGUGCUGAUUGGAAACCUGAGAGAACACACCCAAGCUUCAUCCCCCGAGACAGGGAAGAUGGCCAUAUUUCCAGCCACCGGACUAUCAUUAUAAUGGAGGAAGACCCUGCUGUGAUUGAAUCAGCUACUUAUCUGUUUGAGAGGAAUCCAUAUUCCUCCACUUUGAUGAAGUACCACAAGGGGGCACUGCAUAUGCUAAGAGGUGGUCAUUUGAUUAAAAUCAGAAGUUAUGAUAUCGUACUUGUUGGCCAUGGUAGAGAGGCUUCCACAGGAGAAUUAUCUGGUUAUGGUGCAGAGGAAGUUGCCAGAUUGGUAUCCAGCCUGAAGACAAACACCCUCAUUGAUCCCAUUGACACCAUCAGCCUAAUCAGCUGUAACCUUGGAAAUAACCAUAACUUUGCCCUGAAGCUGCUCCAAGGUCUCCGAUCUCUGAAUGUGACAGCAAAGCUACACCUACACAAGACACUCAUAUCAGUCUCCUCUGAUGGGAGGAUAAUGAGCGGACGAGGGGGUGUCUGGAGGUCCCAUGACUACAGCAGUAGAGUCAUUGCUGAACUCAGCCCAACAAGAGACCUGUUGACAAGGCAAACAUUUGGCUGUGCAGGUUCAGUAUUUCCAAAUUAUAAAGGAAAUAUUCUGUUCUAUUUUAAAAGUCUAGAGUGGCCAAGAUAUCCUCAAAUGUUCGUCCCAAUGGAGCUGCGCAAAAAGUACCCUUUUAUUAACUGUUUGGAAGGGCUCACUUGGAGUUUGUUCUUUGAGGAAAAUGAAAAAAGACGCGCUCCAGAUUAUAUCCCCAACGACCACCUGAAAGCUGUUUGGCUUGAAGUGACAGAAGAGAACAGCAUUGUCCUUAAACAUAUCUCCAACAUACAGGACCUUCUUGUGGAGAUCCGCUACAGUGCUAGAGAGGAAAUGGCUUCAGAACAGUAUUAUGUUCUAAAUGACUGCAUUUAUAAAAUACAUGGGAAAAACUUGAGCUCAAGUCUGGUAGGAAAGUUCAUGAGGACUGACAAUGAAGCUGAAAUUGAACUAUUUCGUCAGACUUUUGGUGACCAGCAGGGGGAAUCUUCCCUGCUGGAGCUGCAGCAAGGCCUUAAAGCAUCCAAAUUUACUGACUUCUGCCGCCAGACUUUUCAGUUCCAGCAGUGUACCUACAACUGUGAAAGGUGGGGACGUUACUUCAUGGCAGCAGUUUUCUCAGCAUCAGUACGCAAUUUCCGAACCUUCUCACUUUUUCUGAUGAGUGUUAUCGGCUGUGAAGUGGGUCACACUCGAGGGACUGACAGUGCCCUGUGCACAGCGUUUGUCGGCAAUGACCACCCCAUGAUUACUGAUCAGCCCUGGCCUGACCAUCUGAAGCGAGGAUUCUAUGGUUGCACUGUUGACAACUAUGAAAUGGCACCACAGAACAGACGGAUCUGGCUGGAUCAAGUUGUUGCAAAGGAAAAUUCGCUGUACAUUAAAUCAAAGCAAAUGAUGGAUGCUAUGAAUCACAAUGACCAUACUGAGCUGGAGAUCUUUGGCAAGAUUAAAGUCAUGAACAAGUAUGUGUUUUCAUCUUAUCUGGAAUACUUUCGUGGUACACCUGAAGGCAAGAAACUCAAGAGAGGAUGCACUCCCUCGUUCUGAGAAUUAAAAUACACAAUUUUAUUAUGUUAGAUUCAAUGUGAAUGAUAACCCACCUAGUGCUAAGAUGUCUCCCACGCUCUGCAUUAAACAAACACUUUUGUCAUUAAACUUCUGUUAUAUCUUCCUAAUUUGUAGGAGAUUAGUUGUUAGCAUAAAUAUGACAUGUUUGUCACAGGCUUUGGAAUUCUUUUACUGCGGUCUUUAAAGAAUAAACACUGGGAAUUAAGUUUUGUUUUGAUCAUUUAUUGGGUGUAGGUACUUUUGUAUUAUUAAAAUGAAUUCUCCUGGUUUCAUAAAGACAUGAGUGCAUUAAAAACAUAAAAACCAACAGGAACCACAUAAAAGGAAAAGCAUGACGGGAUGUUCACGAGGAACCAGCAAGGAGUGAAAGUAGGAGAGGUGUGUAAAUACUAGAUGGAACAAUAGACCUGAGAUGAUUACCUAACUGGUCGCAGGUGUGAUGAGAGAGAGCAGAAGGCAAACUGAGGAGAGAGAGAGAGAAAGAAAGAAAGGAGUGAGGGACAGCACACAAAUGGGAACUAAAAAAUGAAUCUAACUGUAAUAAUGAGCAACUAAGCAGAAGGAAUAACAUAAACUAGAAAAGGACAGAAGUAAAACAGAAAGUCUGAUCUAAUCAUUAGUGAUGGGUAAAUGAGGCGUCAUGAAGUGUUUCCACCCAUAGCAAAACUGUAUUGAUACUGUGUAGAUACUGUGUCACUGAAUACUGACACCUGCUGGACAUUAAAAAUCCCUACAGGCAACAUAGCUGAGAGACUAAUUUGAUGACCUAGUCUACACAAUAGUAUUUAAGUCAUUGUAUUUUAUUGUAUGUUAUGUAUUGUAUUAUGUUAUAUCUUCAGUUAAACUCAAAAUAUACUUGACAUUCUUAGAUACAGUCAAUAAAUAAUGUGAACAUGUACCAUAAAGUGAAAAUUUAAGUGAACAUGUUUGGAAUGAGGAUGCUUGUGGACUGGGGGUUUUUUUCUCACAAAUUUUCAUUUAAAAAAAUAAGUUUUCCAACAUUUUGAAAUUUAGUCUGUUACGCUUUUUUGACACAACUUCUCCUGCUGUAGAAAAAAUUAAGUAAACAAUACAUUUAUAUGAAAUAAUUUAUAAAAAGCAACUGAGUAAUUUGUAGAAUGGCUGUAUACCUGAGUUUAUGCUAGGUGUAUCUGGGACGUCAUUCUGAUGCCUGGCCCUAUAAUGCCUCAGCAUUGAGGAUGCGGAUUUAUUUAAAUAAGACAGAUCAAGAUCAAGAAUUCUUUUGGGAAAUGCAUCCCGUUGACAGAUUCGCUUUCUUAUAAAGACAGUUUGGCGCAUCAGUGUCAUUUCAAAACAGUUCCUGUAUCGGUCACGUGACUUGCUGAAAGCAAUACGAGCACCGACACGGGGUUUGUCUCUGGGCUUGACGCAUGCGCCGACACAUCGGCGUUGCCGGACCCAUCACUACUAAUCACAAUAAGAACGGAUCUAAAAAAAAAAUCAGAACUAAAAACCCAGAAAACCCAAAACAAGCCAGGAUCCUGACACUCGGUGCACUUUGGUUGCACCCAGUAACUGUAGUAGGCCAGACACUCACUUUCUCUGCUGGGGAUAAAACUCCUCGUUGUAGUUCAGUAGAAAGCUUUAGAAAUAGCUUCAUAAUGACUUAUAGAUUGAUACAUAGAAAUUACUUUGUUUUUUUGUCUUGCAGCUGUCUUUAAAUUUCUUGAGACUGUGGAAUGAGGAGCUGAUUUCUCAGGAACCACAAAUAUGGAAAUUUGAUAGCUGGGCCCACUACCAGCUACUCUGCUGGAGGAAGCAGAACUGAAGUCACAUAUUCAUGAGACAGAGAAACUCUGGUGGGGAAUGGUAGUGCAGGGUCAAAGGUCAGCCCUGUGGCCCAGUAAAGUGUCCAGGGUGGAACAGCAAGCAGAGGCUGAAGAAAGCCGACUAAAGGCAGGAGAAACUAACUACUGGUGAGUUACAGAAUGCGAAGAGGAACCUCUGACUAACGUAUUAGAUACAUUAUUCUGCUUGUUCACAUUGCUUGUCAGAUAAGUUUCUCUAUUAAAAUUUGGUGAAAUUCUAGCACAUGAAGAAAAUUUCAGCUGGUAACAGGCAAACGAAAACAUUGAAGUAGUAAUAUUAAAAAUAUCUGGUACAAUUUUUGCUCUUAUUUUGUAACACAUUGCUCAUGAUAUGGAAUUGAAACUGCUAUGGUGGAAUGCCCCUGGCACCCAUUCAGCAGGAUGGGGUGUGGCCACAGAGAGGACAUUUGCUAGUUUCAUUGUUCUACCACAAGAAUUUUAACCCCACCUUGGUUUUUUCAAAACCCAGAUUUCAGACUCUAACAUCAGUCUGGUUAACUCACUCUGCAACCUACUGAACAUAUGUCAUAUAUAUUGAUUGCAGAACCCUGGUAUUUGUACAAAAAGUUUUAUAACUAUUAGAAAUGCCUGUUCAUUCUAAAUCUAAUGAAGUAUAGAGUGUGAAUUUACUGGUCGGGCAGCAGAGAAUUCCCAAAAAAUAGAUUUUAUACAGGUGAAUGAAAAGUCAAUUCACAAGAAGUCGAACUAAAGUGUUUUUAUUUUUAAACAAAGAAGGGUUUCAAUUUGUGUGGUUAGAUAUGUUAACAUUUAUGAUAAAACAAUGUAACAUUACACAUAUAAUUUUCAGAUUUUUUAUUGUUAUGCUAUGUUAACUUAAAAAAAAUGACAUCGUUGUGUCAUCUGUCAAUGUUAAUCUUGAUCAUGAUGGGCCAGCUGGGAGAUGCACAUGUUUUUUCUUCAGAUUGUUCACCUCCAGCAGAUGAACAGCAUAAAAAUCUGGGAUUAAUAAAAUAUUGUUUAAUUAAGUAUACUUUCCAGUUGUAUUUUAUCUAAAAAAAUGUGAUUUCAUGACAGUGACAGGGAAUGAUAAUUACAACAUGAUUACAUGAUUUUA